AUGAAGAUUAAGCUAGUCAUAGGGGGUUAUACAUUGCAUGUGUGUAGUGUGUAUUCACCACAGGUGGGUUUGGAAGAGGAGGUGAAAGUGAGAUUUUGGGAGGAUUUAGAUGAGGUGGUGAGAAACAUGCCUAGGUCAGAGAAGAUUGUCAUAGCAGGGGACUUUAAUGGCUACAUUAGGGUAUUACCGGGUGGCUACGAUGAUGUGCAUGGAGGUUUUGGUUUCAGUGGUAGGAAUAGUGAGGGAGCUACUCUAUUGGAUUUUGCGAGGGCUUUUGGGCUGGUGAUAGUGAAUUUGAGUUUUCUGAAGAAGGAGGAUUACUUGAUUACCUUUUGA